CGGGCCCGCCCGGACACACCGCCGUGCCCCGCUUCCUGCCCCGCCCGGUGCCCCCGAGACUGCCCCGAGGCCCCCGGCUCUAAGCGACGGGUGUGACCCGAAUGUCUCUCGUUGCAGGACCAAGACGGGGAACGCCUCGAUGCAGCGUUCGCUUCGAUUAUGAGGCUGAUGAGAGGAGUCUCUAAGGAAUGCGAGAACUACUAUGGUGCUAUGGCAGUCACCAAGUGCAAAGAGAAUGAAAUCAAACACUUCUGCAAAUACCAUGGCAAGUCAGUAGAAAGAACUAUGGAUUCCACAGAAGAAGAGAGGACUGAAGGUGCUGUAGAACCCAGCCGAGCUCAAACUUGCCGGCAAAGUCCCAAAAGACCUAUCAAAGACUUCUACAUUGAAGUUUCUCCUGGCAUCUAUUCUGUCACAGCAAUCUCAGAAGACACAGCACAAACGCACGUAAUAGAUGUCAAUGCGGGACAAAGUAUUGAUUUAACUUUUGUUUUGUGAUAUUUUUUAUUUCCUGGCAAUAGCAGGAAUAAAACAUGAGGCUUUUUUUAAUGCAUGUACUGAACUAUAAAUAUCUUUUUCUUGCUAGCACUUUAAUAGUAACUUCCUCUUUGGGACUCCAUUUUUAUGGCCUGUAUAUUUGUUUUCUACUUAAUGCAAUUAUAUGCCCACUUUGUACACUGAAUUUUAUAAAUAUUUGUACAUUGUGUGCCUUUUAAAUCUAAUUAUGUGACUGUGCAAUUCCAGAUUCUUCUGCUCUAAACAAUUAAAGAUGCAAUCAGUGAAAUAAAAUACAUGAUCAAGCCUU